AGAACCAAUUCGUUUUCGUACUCCGGUCUUGGUGCUCUUUCUCACACUAUCAUAUAAAAGUGAAUCUCAUAAACCCUCCACCCAAAACCAUCCGGCAAGACAAUAUAUAUGGCUGUGGUCCGAGGCUUCUUGGGUUUUACUGCUGCCUGCAGGGACUUCUGUGUCCUAGUAGUUUUGGUCUUGGUAGUUCAACCUCAUCGAGCAAACGGCUUAGGGCGUGCGCUCACUGCCCCAAGCAAAGAUGUUGCCAAACCACCAGUGGCUGGUAUAUGCGCAGCUUCGGUGAUUGUACACGGCUACAAAUGCCAGGAGUUUAAUGUGACAACCAAAGAUGGAUAUAUACUCAGCCUGCAAAGAAUCCCAGAAGGUCGUGUAGUUCAAAAUGGUGGGAAUAAGAGGCAGCCUGUCUUACUACAGCAUGGUGUUCUUAUGGAUGGAAUGUCAUGGUUAUUGAACUCUCCGGAACAUAAUCUGCCCAUGAUUUUGGCUGACAAUGGUUUCGACGUCUGGAUUUCUAACACUAGAGGGACCAGAUUUAGCCGACAACAUACCUCCCAGCUGGACUCUAGCACGACGGAUUUCUGGAAUUGGUCGUGGGAUGAAUUAGCGUCCUUUGAUAUGCCAGCAGUUAUUGACUUUGUGUGUGGCCAAACGGGGCAGAAGAUUAAUUACGUGGGUCAUUCCCAGGGGACUUUAAUUGCUUUGGUAGCCCUCUCAGAAGGUAAACUGGUGAAUAAGAUGAAAUCGGUAGCCUUGUUGAGUCCCGUUGCUUAUUUGAACAACAUGAACAGUGCACUCGGCAGGGUUGCUGCCAAAGCUUUUGUUGGCGAGAUCGGCACAAUGUACCGCGGUUAUGCAGAGUUUAAUCCAAAAAAGGUAGAAACAGGUAACUUUCUCAAGUCUCUAUGUGCUUAUCCGGGGGUUGACUGCUAUGACAUGUUAAGCGGUUUUACUGGCAAAAAUUGCUGUCUUAAUUCCUCCUCCUUUGAUCUCUUCCUGGCGAAUGAAGCUCAGUCGACAUCAAACAAGAACAUGGUACACUUUUCUCAAACUUUUCGAGAUGGCACUCUGGCAAAAUACGCCUAUGUUCGGCCCUCCUAUAAUGUGAUGCACUAUGGACAAGUCACAUCACCUAUUUAUAACCUCUCUAACAUUCCCCAUGACCUUCCUCUCUUCCUUAGCUAUGGUGGCCAAGAUGCUCUCUCUGACGUUCAAGAUGUCAAGCUUUUACUUGGUAAUUUGAAGGUUCACGAUGUAGACAAGCUCUCAGUUCAGUUCAUCAAGGAAUAUGCCCAUUUAGAUUUCAUCAUGGGGUUAAAUGCCAAGGAUAAAGUUUACAAUCAAGUGGUCGCUUUUUUCAAGCGUCAAAACUCAUGAUCCUUCAUGAAGCUAGGCCUUGGUUCUGUGAGCAGUAGUAAUUUUCAUUCCUUCCCUAAUAAAAUCAUUUUGAAGUGACGUGGAAGCCGUUUUACUUUUCUCUAGUUCUCAAUUGUAACUAGUUUUUAUUAAGGAUUAUAGUUUUCUAUAGGAGCCUAGUUUUGGGAUUUUUUUUAACUCCCUUGCUCCUCUUUGUAUAAGUGAAGGUUAAUCAAUAAAAUUGGAUACCGCUCUCUUCUUAAGAAAAA